UUGGGCCGUUGGCUGGGUACAUUCCCAAAAGUUUCGCCGGCAUCAUCAGUCAGAGGCGCGAUCGUAAGCACAGAGCUACAACCUACCAAAGUGACAAGUGAAGCCAAUCCCCUCGAGCAAUUUUCUGUUCAACCGUUGUGGCAUUGCUCCUCGCCCCUAUCUUCUGUCCUACCUUCUGGUGCCGCAUCUCUUCCUCUCAACCCCACUUCAUAUGGCCCAUCCACUUAUUCACACAAUUACUUGCUCUCGUUUCUUCCAAUGUCGCCUACGACUGUGUCGCUACAAGUGAGUUUAGUGAAGCGUAGUCACUCCACCACCGGUACCAGAUACCGUAUGCAGGCUCCUGACCUGUAUUCUGCCCCCUUCCCCCCUAUUUUCCUACACGCUUCUAGACAUCAAAAUCAGUGUCUGGCUGCCUAA